AUGUCUACUGCUACUGUGUGCACCCCUAUAAAGAGCCAUCGUGGCCUUUUCUCUACAAAGACCGCUGGCGGCCGCAUUCCCCUCACUCCUUCACCCCGUGCUAGAAACACUAGCUUCUCAGGGAACCUUUCCAAGGAUGAAGCAUCUCCCUUCACUCCACCUCGCCAGAUCAGUGAUGGCACGCGAUCGAGCUCUCAGUCGGUUUAUGGUAAUGGUAACCUUGCCUCCCACUUCGCCAAGUCGGUGACCAAAACUCGACAGACAUCCAAGGGGAACUACCGAGACUCUCCCAAGUCAAACAUUGCCCGGGUCAGGCAGGAACCUCGCCAUCUGGAGCCAGCAGUGUCAGACUGGACCCUUACUGGAACCGGCCCAGCUCAGUCUCAGACGCCAACUAAGAAACGUGCAUCAAAGAAGGAGUCAACCACCACCAGAACUAGAACAUCCAAGCCAAGCAAGACUACUAUUCGUCUUCCCCACACUGUUGCAGAUAGAUUCAUUCCCAACCGAAGCACCAGUGAGGGCCUGGUCACUGCUGGCAGUGCAAAGUCCGACGGCGCUACCCAGAGACCCAAAACCAGCAGUGGUGAGGGAUCUACUGUUCUGGCCAAUGCUGCCAGCGCCUUUGAUAUCAACGGCCACAGCCGUGACAAUGACCUUGCAGAGGCCUUUGGAGAACUUGGCAUUAACGACAAUGAUAGCACUAGCAGCAGUGGCAGCAGCAGCUACUCACGCCCAGACCCUGAUGCUAUUGCGUACAAGUCUUCUCUUGCCGAUGCCUGUGGUGUCUCUUUGAACACCCGUAUUCUCGAGUUCAAGCCUGCUGCUCCUGAAUCUUCCAAACCAAUUGACCUUCGCUCUAAAUACAACCGUCCACUCAAACCUUCCACUGCUCAAACUGCCCAGUUCCGACGACGAGUUCAGACUGCUCCUGACCGGGUUCUGGAUGCUCCUGGUCUUGUUGACGAUUACUACCUCAACCUGCUUGACUGGAGCUCUGGUAACCAGGUAGCUAUUGGUUUGGAACGCAAUGUAUACGUCUGGUCAGCAGAGUCCGGUGGUGUAAGCAGUCUUCUUGAAUGCCCUGCCGACACCUACGUGAGCAGUGUCAAAUGGAGUGGUGACGGAGCGUACGUUGGCGUCGGACUUGGAACCGGCGAAGUCCAGAUCUGGGAUGUCGAAGAAGGCACCAAGCUCCGAAGCAUGUUUGGCCAUGAAACCCGUGUUGGUGUUAUGGGCUGGAACAAGCACACUCUUUCUACUGGUGCCCGAAGCGGUCUCGUGUUCAACCACGACGUCCGCAUUGCCCAGCACAAGACCGCUGAACUCGUCUCUCAUACCUCCGAAGUCUGUGGCCUUGAAUGGCGAUCAGAUGGUGCCCAACUAGCUACUGGUGGAAAUGACAACCUGGUCUCCAUCUGGGACUCUCGCUCUCUGUCAGCUCCCAAGUUCACCAAGACCAACCACCGCGCUGCAGUCAAGGCUCUCAGCUGGUGCCCAUGGCAACUGAACCUCCUUGCUACCGGCGGUGGCUCCUAUGACCGCCACAUCCACUUCUGGAACACCACUACCGGCGCCCGUACAAACAGCAUCGAUACCGGCUCCCAGGUCACCAGUCUCCGAUGGAGCAACCACUACCGCGAGCUUGUCAGCUCCAGUGGCUUCCCAGACAAUUCCCUAAGCAUCUGGAGCUACCCAUCUCUCGUCCGUAACGUCGAGAUCCCAGCCCACGAGACCCGUGUCCUCCACAGCUGCCUCAGCCCUGACGGCCAAAUGUUGGCCACCGCCGCUGCAGACGAGAGCUUGAAGUUCUGGAAGAUCUUCGAGCGUAAGCCUGGCACUGCCGCCUCCACCUCCAGAGAGGCCGGUCUCAGCAGCAAGGGAAGCAAGAUGGCAAAGCAAAUGACCAUUCGAUAG